GUCUGUUCAGAUUUUUUAAGGUGUAUACUUAAAUAGCUCUGAUGCUUUUCUCUUGGUGAUUGCAAUUGUACAUUGUUAUUUGAGGGGAGAUUGGGUAUAGUGACUUUGAGGGAGAUCUGGAUUUGAAUUCUGAUCUUUAUGCUUGCUAGGUUUGUAACUUUGAACAAGUUACUUAGUCUUGCUGAGCCUUAGUUUUCCAAUAAUAAUCAGGGAACAGGGUUGUUGUGGGGCAGUAAAUGAGAUUACAUAGUGGUGGGUAAUAUAGUGCCUGAUGCUCAGCAGAGUUUUCAGCAUGUGCUGAUUGUUUCCAUUUUUCAUAGAAAUGAGAGGUAAAAUAAUGAUAGGUAUUAUGGGGAAAAGCAUGGAAGAAUAAUUUUGUAAUGUCGGUGAGAUCCUUUUGCUUUUUUUCCAGAUGAGUAUCUCUUUGCUUUGCAUAUGAUCUAGAUAAGCAUCCUUUCAAGAACUGUGACAUCAGUGGGUAGAAGUAACAGUGGAAAUGUUGCAAAAUAGGAAAAAAAUUAAGCGUCAAGAUGAUAAUACGGUGGUGAUUUGCAAAUCAAGUUAAAAUGUCCCCAGAAGUGGCCUUGAACCGAAUUUCUCCAAUGCUCUCUCCAUUCAUAUCUAGUGUGGUCCGCAAUGGAAAAGUGGGACUGGAUGCUACAAACUGUUUGAGGAUAACUGACUUGAAAUCUGGCUGCACAUCAUUGACUCCUGGACCUAACUGUGACCGAUUUAAACUGCACAUACCAUAUGCUGGAGAGACAUUAAAAUGGGAUAUCAUUUUCAAUGCCCAAUACCCAGAGCUGCCCCCUGAUUUUAUCUUUGGAGAAGAUGCUGAAUUCCUGCCAGAUCCCUCGGCUCUGCAUAACCUUGCCUCCUGGAAUCCUUCAAAUCCUGAAUGUCUGUUGCUUGUGGUGAAGGAGCUUGUGCAACAGUAUCACCAGUUCCAGUGCAGCCGCCUUCGUGAGAGCUCCCGCCUCAUGUUUGAGUAUCAGACGUUACUGGAAGAGCCGCAGUAUGGAGAGAACAUGGAAAUUUAUGCUGGGAAAAAAAACAACUGGGUAAGGAUUUUCGAGAAUGGGGAAAAAAGAGCACUUCAUCUGUAAUAAAAUAAUCAAUUG